AUGCACAAUGCCCACGUUCAAAACGAAGCUCAAAUACGGGAUAUAAACUUACAAGAUAUCGUUUUAGUUAACGAGAUAAGGGGUCGGGUAAAGUUUAUUGGGGAAACACAAUUUGCAAAAGGAAAAUGGUAUGGUAUUGAACUGGACAAACCUUUGGGAAAGAAUGAUGGAAGUGUCAAUAGUAUCCGUUACUUUAAUAUUGACGGAGAUAAAAAAAAAUCUGAUGGUGCAUAUUAUGGGAUUUUCUGUAGAAGGAAUGCUUUGCAGUUGUAUGAAGUAACUAAAGAUGAGCAUGGUUCGCUUAAUGGCGACACAGCGCUGGAAACAAUCAAAGGCCUUCGAGCAGAAUGUGAAUCAUUGACGUCCGAGUUAAACAAGAGUAGACUAGAGAAAGAGCAAUUGAAAUUUUCUAUUGAGAACCUAAGUAUGAAUGAAACUGAAUUGUUGUCUAAGACUGCAAAAUUGAAUAAACUGGUUGAAAAAUUCCAAGUGGAAAAUGGCGGCAUGAAAACUCGUUUAGAACAAUUGGAUGAACUAUUAAAUACUUCAAAUGGUUUAUCAACACAUAAUGUUGACGCUAACAUACUGGGAGAAAGAAACCAUCUUCUACAAGGGUUUCUUGAACAAACAAAAAUAUCAUAUGACGAAACUAUGAAAGCACAGGAGGAUUUACUUGAGGAAAAUACUCAAUUGUUGGAAGAAAAUGCAGUACUAUCCAAAAAAAUAUCAGAUCUAGGCCUGACUUUGCAGGAGACUAAUACCACAAUCAGUGACCUUGUCCUACAAGUUGAAGCUCAAAGCAAAUCUUCUGAUAUUAUCGAAAGGUUAACAAAUGAUAACGUUUCACUCAAAUGUGAUAUAAAAGUCUUAAACGGUCAGUUAGAGGAACUAUACGCAAAAGAAAAGCUGGAAGAAAAUAUAAGAAUUACUUACGAGCAACUCGAACAAGAAUUGAGACUACAAUCAAGUGAUUUGCAACAUGCUUUAGAAAGCAAAAAGGUGUUGGCAGAAAAGUAUAUUGAGGAAAACGCGAAACUAAGAGAAUCUUUGGAAUCCUUUCAAGCAAAGGCAACUCAAAAAAUGCAAGGUCUUGAACUAAAAGUAACAUCAUUACAGGAGAAAUUAUAUCAAAAUAAACUGCUGAAAGAGUUUUACGAAGUUUACGAGUCGUUUUCACAACCAAAUUUGCGGAUUCUUUCUUCUCAAUUGCAAUAUUUAGCUCAAAGAAUAGAAAGUGAAAACACAGUAAACUUUUCUCUUGAGAAUAUUCAGAUUUACACGGUUCUGAAAGUGUUAAGUUCCAUCAGUUUUACAUUAUACAUGCAAUCAAUCGAAAAUGUCUCUGAACACUUAGAAGUAACAAUAAAAUUGUUUAAAGAAAGCAUUACUCCGAUUUCUAUGUGGCUAAGUGAGUUUAUGGAGCGAAAGUUCUCUUCAAAACAAGAACUUGCUUUCUCUAUUUGCAAUUUUUUAGAAGAGAACGACUUUCUCGAUAAAGAUGUAUCUCUAAUACUACGAAUACUUCAUCCAAUCUUUGAAAACACUAUUCCGAAGCUGCUCGCAUUUUUCAGAGCAAGCAAUAAUUUAAAUGAUGAUGAUGAUGCGUUAUGCUUUAUUGGUUCUCUUUACGAAACUUCACUUUCUUACACUGCUACAAUCAGCACACUUCUCAGGAAGGAAGAAGUUUUGAAGCAAAACAAUAACUGGCUUUGGUGUCCUGGUUGUACUAUAAUUUUGUCUUCUGUUUUGACAAAAUUUUUCACAGAUACAAUUUUUUUGCAACAAGGAUAUGAUCAUAUUUAUGUUUUGGAAAAACUAAGGGCAUUUUUUAAAGAAAUAGAGCCUCUGCUUAAAGACACCACCAUAUCUUCUAAACAACCCGGUAAACUAUCAGUUAGUUCAGAGAGUGUUUAUAUUAAUGGGGAAGACAAUUCUCCAGAUUCGUCCCUGAGUGAUCAUUUGAAUGAAGAGAAUAUUCAUUUAAAAGAGUUAUUACUUCAAAAGGAAAACAUGCUAACUGAGUUGGAAACAAAAAUCAAAAUUUUCAUCGGGAGAGAUUCAGAAAGAAAAGCCCUUGAAAAGACAAUUAAAGUACUACAGAUAGAGUUAAAUAACAAAAAAGAGGAAACUUGUUGCAAAUCAGAAAUGCUAGAAAAAAUGAAAGAAGAAAAUGCCAAUUUAUUAAAUUGUUUGAAAGAUAGGGAGCUCAACCUGUAUCUAACACAGGACGAUAGUAGAUUAAACAAAAUUUACCUAGAAAAAGAGAAAGCAGAUAGAGUAAACUUAAUCUCUGAGAUCAUGGAACUAAAAGAAACCGUAAAGCGACAAAUAAAAGAAAAGAAACAGUCGAGUAUUGAUUUCAGCUGGUUAGAUGAGUCUCCAACCACCAAAGAUAAGCAACUAUCUAACGGACAAGGUUACCACUGUUUAAGUUGCCUCGGAAUAAAAAUAGCCAACUUCGUGAGUGCCUCAAGGAUUUUAGAUUUGGACUUUAACCAAUCUCUUCAGGAAGGUGAACUAUCACAUGAACGCAGCAGUUCAUACAUCGCGUACGUUAAGCGCAAGAGAAAAAACAUUCGACUCGAAUAUCGAAAUAUUACAUCAUAUAAAAAAUUAUGGCAAUAA